UCAUCGAACUGCCAUCACUAUCGCUGACUGCAACACGUGCGCCGCGUUAGUUUUGUUUUUCCCUCAAAAUGACUAAAAAAAUACAUCUAAAGCGCAAGGGAAAGGAGGCGGAGCCCACAAAUGAAGUAGCCACCACUUCGGAGGCCUCCGAAAACGAGGAAGAGGAGGACUUGAUGCAGGCCGUUAAGGAUCCAGGAGAGGACUCCACCGACGACGAGGGCAUAGACCAGGAGUACCACUCGGACUCCAGCGAGGAACUGGAAUUUGAGAGCGACGAGGAGGGCAACUACUUGGGCAGGAAACAAUCCUCAUCAGCAGAGGAUGAUGAUGAUGAAGAGCAGAGCAGCGACGAAGAGGAGGACGAAUCGGCGGAUUCGGAAGACAAGGAUGAAGUAUCUGCCAGCACAUCCAAGAAAAUCCAAUCCGAGGAGAAGCCCAGCAGCAGCACCAGCAGUGGCGCCACAAAGAAAGGUGCCGCCACAAAGGAACUGCCCAAAAAGGAAUCCCAAUCCAAACCGGAAUACCAAGAUUCGGACACCUCCGACGAGGAGGACAUACGCAACACAGUGGGCAACAUACCCAUGCACUGGUACGACGAGUACAAACACAUUGGCUACGACUGGGAUGCCAAGAAGAUUGUGAAGCCGCCGCAGGGCGAUCAAAUCGACGAGUUCCUGCGCAAGAUCGAGGACCCGGAUUUCUGGCGCACCGUCAAGGAUCCGCUGACCGGCCAGGAUGUUCGCCUAACCGACGAGGACAUUGCCCUGAUCAAACGCAUCGUUUCGGGCCGCAUUCCCAACAAGGAUCACGAGGAGUACGAGCCCUGGAUCGAGUGGUUCACCUCGGAGGUGGAGAAGAUGCCCAUCAAGAACGUGCCCGACCACAAGCGCUCCUUCCUGCCCUCCGUGUCCGAGAAGAAGCGCGUCUCGCGCAUGGUACACGCCCUUAAGAUGGGCUGGAUGAAGACCACCGAGGAGGUGCAGCGCGAGAAACAGGCCAAGCGCGGUCCCAAAUUCUACAUGCUGUGGGAGACGGACACUGCGCGAGAGCACAUGCGACGCAUCCACGAUCCCGUAUCGGCGCCCAAACGAGACCUGCCCGGUCACGCAGAGUCCUACAAUCCACCGCCCGAGUACCUCUUCGAUGCCAAGGAGACCAAGGAGUGGCUCAAGCUCAAGGACGAGCCCCACAAGCGCAAGCUGCACUUUAUGCCCCAGAAGUUCAAGUCGCUGCGCGAGGUGCCCGCCUACUCGAGGUACCUGCGCGAGCGCUUCCUGCGCUGCCUCGAUCUUUACCUGUGUCCGCGUGCCAAGCGCGUCAAGCUGAACAUCGACGCCGAGUACCUCAUCCCCAAGCUGCCUUCGCCGCGUGACCUGCAGCCCUUCCCCACGGUGGAGAGCAUGGUUUACCGCGGCCACUCCGACCUGGUGCGGUCUGUUAGCGUGGAGCCUAAGGGCGAGUACCUUGUCUCCGGAUCUGAUGACAAAACCGUCAAGAUUUGGGAAAUCGCCACUGGCCGUUGCAUCCGGACAAUCGAAACCGACGAAGUGGUGCGCUGCGUGGCUUGGUGUCCAAAUCCCAAGCUAUCUAUUAUAGCCGUUGCCACCGGCAACCGAUUGCUGCUUGUCAAUCCCAAAGUGGGCGACAAGGUGCUGGUGAAGAAGACCGACGAUCUGCUGGCCGAGGCGCCCAGUCAGGAUGUGAUUGAGAGUGAGCGCAUCAAGACGGCGGUGCAGUGGUCCAAUGCCGAGGCCGACGAGCAGGAGAAGGGCGUCCGGGUGGUGAUCACCCACUUCAAACCCAUUCGCCAGGUUACCUGGCACGGACGUGGCGACUAUCUGGCCACUGUGAUGCCCGAGGGAGCCAAUCGCUCGGCUCUGAUCCAUCAGCUGUCCAAGCGUCGCUCACAGAUUCCGUUCUCCAAGAGCAAGGGUCUCAUCCAGUUUGUGCUCUUCCAUCCGGUGAAGCCAUGCUUCUUUGUGGCGACGCAACACAACAUUCGCAUCUAUGACUUGGUCAAACAGGAGCUGGUCAAGAAACUGCUGACCAACUCGAAGUGGAUAUCGGGCAUGUCCAUCCAUCCCAAGGGCGACAAUCUGCUGGUGUCCACCUACGACAAAAAGAUGCUCUGGUUUGACCUGGAUCUGUCCACUAAGCCCUACCAGACCAUGCGACUCCAUCGGAAUGCUGUCCGCAGUGUGGCCUUCCACCUCCGCUAUCCGCUGUUUGCUUCUGGCAGCGAUGACCAGGCUGUGAUCGUCUCCCACGGCAUGGUCUAUAAUGACCUGCUGCAGAACCCCUUGAUUGUUCCCCUGAAAAAGCUGCAGACUCACGAGAAGCGGGAUGAGUUCGGCGUACUGGAUGUCAACUGGCAUCCGGUGCAGCCAUGGGUCUUCUCCACGGGCGCCGACUGUACCAUCCGACUAUACACGUAAAUUAGGUAUGGUAGUUGUGUUGGUUUCCGAAAGUUUUGUGAAAUUUCUAUAGUGAAUAAAUACUUAUAUUAAUUUUUAACUAAA